AUGAGAUGGGGCCAAGGAAGAUCACAGCAUGAAAUAGAAUGUGAAAUUAAAUAUGAAACAGAUGGUCCAGUUUUUAUAAUUAGGUUUGAAGAAAAUGGUCAAAAUUUUAUAAUAAAAUCGAAAGAAUCUGUGAUUAAAGCUGCCAAUGAAUACUUAAAAAAAAGAAAUCUUGAUACACAAGCAAAACUUUUGGGAUGCAUAUAUUUGGGCUUAACGCAAAAGAUUAUAGCCUUUAAAAAUAAAAUUUACAAAUUCUAUAAUCCAAUAGAUCAACCCAUUCUACAAGAACUUCGAUUUAAUAUUCAAGACAAGAAUUAUGUGGUUGACUAUUAUAAUAAAAAUAGAGAUGAAAAAAAUAAACAUAUUGAAGCAAUUACGGAAAUU